UAUAGUUUCGGAAGGAUGAAAAGCGUACUCGACGGCGUCUCGAACAGAUUUGAAUGAAACGCGUGUGUGAGCCGUGCCGCGUGCGUCCGUUCGUGCCGGCGUGCGAGCGUUUCGGCCGCUGACUCGCGAGCAUGGUAAGCAGUCGCGAGUGCCGUUAACGCCCGGCGUCCGGCCAGCCCGCCGCGGCCGGCGGCCGAUUUUCGCGCGGAUUUUCAGGUGUCACGGUCGAAGUGCCGUCGUCGACGUCGUCGUCUCCGCCUACGUGUGGCACAACACACUUAAGGAUCUGCGAGUAUCUUUCUCUCUGUCUCGGUCAGAAGGGCUUUUAAUAUUGUUGAGAUGUGGCUAAGAAGCGAACGAAUAAGUAGAAGACUGCGCGGCCGUUUAAGUUUAAGCGGUGUGACAGCCUCGAAGGGAACCAGUCAUCGAACGCAACUUGGUACUGUGCGGAAACUACCAAGUAUUAAUAGUAGCAGUCGAGUUAUAACGUCAAGUAAAUGUGGCAGACUGAGUCAAUGGCGGCGUAGAUCGUCCAAUUUUCUAAAAGAAGCUUGUAAAGAGAAUGUUUUACAUUUUGCCAAAUCCACGCCUAUUAGACGAGAGAGAGGACCUCGUAGAAGAAAAUGCAUAAAACGGUCAAUGGUCACGUCGACUCCUUUGCAUCGCGUUCCUCCGAUAGAUGCAGUUAUUUCUACGAAAACUACGACGCCAUCUAAAGUCUCGGAGGAGUCCAAGGAGAACUGGAACGGGAGCGAACCCGCUGCUGCUGCUGCCGUUACCACUUCCGCUACCGCCGCUACUGCUGUUGCUACUACUGUCGUCGCCGCUGCUUUGCCUCUAUGUCCGUCAGCAACGAAUACGGAUUCGCGUUGUUCAAUGAUACCGCCGACACAUGAGCUGAAAUCCUCCAUGCCAAGCGUAUCUCCGUUGACCUAUCUAAUGCCUCCGGUACCUUUAGGAUCGCAUUCGGAUCUCACGUGUUUACUGGAUGACGAGGGAAAUAGAAGCAACGAUACAUUACCGUCGUCGAUCUAUUAUUCCACGUUGUACACGCACGCCGAUACGUCUGUAGAAUAUUUCAGUUUGAUGCACUCGUCGACAUCGACAUACAACGGCCGUAACGCAUACUCAUCGCCUGACAAUAACAAGUAUUUGCCGAACGGGAAGUACUUCCUUGUCAAUAACAAUGAAAACCGCGGUGAUCUCGCAAAAGAUCAAUAUGCUAUUGAAACAGACCCAACAAAAUAUGAAGCAACUGCUGGAUAUUCCAGCAGUGCAAAGUACAAUAUACCAGCAAGUAUGUACAAUAUAAAUCCUCAUCAUCCAUCCGAUACGAACGGCAAUCUUAGUGACAAAUAUGAUUCCGAGGACGUCGAGAGUCGUUAUCACGAGGUUGAGUACAUGGAGGUGGGUAACGAAGAGAUAGUAGAGUCUUGCGAUGUAGAGAACAUGGUUACUCAAGUUCAAGAGGAUUGGGAACCGUUCGAUCCUUAUGUCUUUAUCAAACACUUGCCGCCUCUCACACCGGCGAUGAGGGCCAGAUGUCCUGCGCUGCCUCUCAAAACGAGGAGCAGUCCGGAAUUCAGUUUGGUUCUAGAUCUGGAUGAAACGUUGGUACAUUGUAGCUUGCAAGAACUGUCGGAUGCGGCGUUUCGCUUCCCGGUAGUCUUUCAGGACGUCACAUAUACGGUGUUUGUAAGAACACGACCGUAUUUCCGCGAAUUUCUAGAACAUGUGUCCUCGUUGUACGAGGUGAUCCUGUUCACGGCGAGCAAACGAGUGUACGCCAACAAGCUGAUGAAUCUGCUAGAUCCGACGCGAAAGCUAAUUAAGUACCGUUUGUUCCGCGAACAUUGUGUCUGCGUGAACGGUAACUACAUCAAGGAUCUAUCUAUUUUGGGUAGGGAUCUGUCAAAGACCGUGAUCAUCGAUAACAGUCCACAAGCGUUUGGAUAUCAGCUUGAAAAUGGCAUACCUAUAGAAAGUUGGUUCGCCGAUCGCUCCGAUAACGAGCUGAUGAAGUUGUUACCAUUCUUAGAAAACCUAGUGAACUGGGGAGGAGACGUAAGGCCACACAUCAGAGAACAAUUUCGGCUAUUCAGCUUUUUACCACCAGAUUAAUUUAAGUAGCAUGCACCAAAUUCAACGUCUGCGAGAGAUAUCGAUCGACGUAAGAAAAAAAGAAAGAAAAAAGAAUAACAAAAUAUCUUAAAGAUAUUAAAUAGAUAAAUAUAUAAUAGUUAUUCCACAAUACAUAAGUCGCUAUAUUAUACACUUGACAAUGUUUCACAAAUGGAUAUACCUGUUGGUAUAUAGAGAUGAAUUAAACAAUUCUAGAUCAUUGAAAUUAUAGUUUCGAUUCACAUCGUGCGAAACAAUAUUUAUAAAUGCAAACAUUGCGUACAAUAACGUGCGAUUCCGUUAGCUCGUUUAGGCUGAAAGUCAAAUUAGAAAUAUCGAAUCCUGCAUAGUAAGGAGACAGCAUGAGCACAAUAGUCUUGAUUUAUUGUAUAGUUUCUAUUAAUACUUCCAUAUGAGUACGAAGUCUCUCCAUGAUGUGUUUAUACGAUAUUUGUACAUAACAGAACUCAUACUUAAAAUAUUUUGUUUUAUGAUGUAUACUUGAAAGCAAUACCUAUGAGAAUUGAUUAAUGCACCGUCUCUUUUGUACCGCUAGUGCGAAAUGAUCUCAAUUUAUUUAUCUUGCUAUCCAGAUUGCAUCUGUCUUGAAAGCUUUUUUUUUUCUGUUAACAAUAUUACAUUCUCUGAUCUCGCUGUGAAUCGCAAUUGUUUAUCAUUGUCACGAUUUUUAUAUCUACAUCUCUAGAUUGCAGUUCUUAAAAGAAAUAUAUAUAAGAUGUUAAUAAAAGUAUCUGUCGAUAAUUAUAUAAUUAUACUAUGCGUUUAAUUAUAUAGUUAUACGUUUGAUUACGUGUACUACAUUAUAUAUAACUUGUGUAUAAUUCAUAACAUAAGAAGCAUAGUCCGAAUUCAUAGUAUCAAAAGAACAAAGUAAGCGACAUGAUGUGUAACAGAAGGCAUCGCAAAAAGACUUGCAUCUCGUAUAGUGUUUAUCAUAGUUUAAGAUUAUAACAAUCAUACAUUAUGCACAAAUAUAUUAUAAUAAUAAAGCAGAUUGUUAUUCGUGAAA